ACUGCCCAUGUGAAACUGGACAAGAUGGCGGCCAAGUUUAAAGUUGGAGAUCUUGUGUGGGCAAAGAUGAAGGGGUUCCCGGCCUGGCCAGGAAGGGUCAUCCAACCCAAGGAUGAGGUGAAGCGUCCAUCCAACAAGAAGCCACAUCAUUUUGUCUUUUUCUUUGGGUCUGAGAACUAUGCAUGGAUCCCAGAAGAAAGCAUUCACCUGUAUGCCGACAAUCGCAACAAGUACAGCCUCACGUCCAGAAUCCCCCGCGGCUUUAAGGAGGCCAUUGAAGCUAUAGAGGAUGCGCUCAAAGCUCUGCCCGCCAGUGUGGCUGUAAAGACCUGUGAACUGCCAUCUAUAGAUGAAGAGCUGGCUCAGAUAUUCCCUACAACCGGCACGAAGAAAGACGGAGCAGCUCACAGAGACUACUCCAGGGAACCUCUUGCUGGCAAGAAGUCAAAGAAAGGCGUAGAGGAGCGCCAGUCAUCGGCUCCUGUCCGGAGUGGCCGGAGGAGCCUGGACAAUAGGCGCAGAUCAGGGGAGUCUGCAGAGAGACGCAGGUCGUCUAGCGUUAUCAAUGGCACAAGCAAAUCACGUGAUUCGUCAGUAGAUAGCGUUGUCAAGAAGCCGGCUGAGUCCACAACCAAAGGAAAAAAUAAAGAUUCAGCUAAGAAGCCAACACCAGUUCGCAAACCAACUCUCAAGCGACCCCUGUCAGCAUCCAAAGACGAACCCCGGCCUUCAACAUCUAAAACACCUCCAACAAAGAGACAAAAGAUUCUUGUUAAUACACAAACAGUCAAGUCGCCUGUGAAAUCACCAGAAACUCCCAAAUCCUCAGAAUCCAUUGUGAUUCCGGACUAUUCUAAGACACCAAACAUUUCAAAAGAUGAAUUUUACCAAGAAAUAGGCCUUUCACCAGAGCCCACCAAAAUCAAAUCCAAAGAUGUUUAUGAUAUGCCGGAUGAUGAAGAAAUGGAUAAGGUUAGCUGGCUGUCUAUGACAAUGUCUCUACAAGUGAAGGGAAGGCAGGGGACCUCAGGCAAAUCUCAAGGAUAUCAACAUAAGGACCUGGGGGUCCCAUCUACCACCACCGGUACAGCUGUCUCCUCCUCCACACAGAUAGACGACGCUCUCCUCACACGCAACUCCGCCAAGUCUGUCAUACCCACACCCCUGCGCAUCGGCUUCCUGGGACUGGGCAUUAUGGGCCAGGGUAUGGUCAUGAAUCUGCUCAGGUCAGGCCACGAAGUCACAGUCUGGAAUCGAACUGCAUCAAAGUGUCGAGAGUUUGUGAAGGCAGGGGCAUUGCGUGGUACGUCCCCAAAUGAUGUUGUCCAGAACUGUGACAUCACCUUCACCUGUGUGGCCGACUCUGGAGCUGUCCGAGAUAUUGUGUUUGGUAACUCUGGUGUGCUACAAGGAAUCUCACGAGGGAAGUGUUAUGUGGAGAUGUCCACAGUGGAUGAGGAGACUGUGGAAGAUGUAGCAGAGGCAAUCAUGGCAAGGGGUGGCGUGUUCCUGGAAGCGCCUGUUGUUGGGAGUCGGGUGCCAGCCCUAGAGGGACGAUUGGUUAUCCUCACAUCAGGAGACAGGAAGCUCUACGAUGACUGUUUCUCAUGCUUUGAAGCCAUGGGCAAAAAGUCAUUUUACUUAGGAAAUGAAGUAGGCACUGCCACGCGGAUGAAGCUCAUCCACAAUAUGCUACUGGGCACCGUCAUGGCAGGGCUGGCAGAGGCAAUGGCACUCGCAGAGAAAGUGGGCAUAGACAUGGAGGAUCUGUCAGAAGUUCUCUCCCUUGGCUCACUCUCCUGUCCUACCAUUAAUCAUAAGAGUCAAGCAAUUGUUAAUGCAAUGGUGAAUGGCAAGUUUGACCCACACUUUCCCCUACAGCACCAGCAGAAAGAUCUACGACUAGUCCUGGGCCUUGGGGAUCGUGUGGAACAGCCGUUGUAUGUCGCCUCUGCAGCUAAUGAGAUGUUCAAGAAAGCUCGCAGCCUUGGAUUCAGCGAGAGUGACAUUUCAGCAGUGGUUCGAGCUGCAAAUGCAUGAUGAGAACCUUGAGAUCAGCCAAUCACUACAUGUGUUUCAGAACAAUUAAAUGAAACAGUUUCCUCAGAAAAGUGUUGGAGUUUAUGUAGAAGAAACUUGGUAGGACGACCAAGACAAGGACUGCAAGAAAGGGUCAUUGUAAAUGUCCAUCUUUAACAAUGUGCAGGCGUUCUCCUGUCAGCAGUGGCAUUGCAUGGAAAGAACUUGAUGUGACAAGAUUUUAUUUAUGUAUUUUAGAAGUCUCAGCAUUGAUGCAAGCAUUAAAGGGAAAGCCAUUUUCCCAAUUACUUAAGGUCUCUGAAACCAGCAAGACAGAACAAGUGCUUGCAAGCUAACAUUACUGUUCAUCACUUAUGCCAAUACCAUAAGUUUCUGUCUGAGGAAGUAACAUUCAGGAUGUAAAUGAAAUUUUCAUUUGAUUGUAUAGAAAAAAAUUGUAGAUGAGAAGUUUGUAUAGAUUUCUAUUUUUAGCUUUAAGAAAGCCCAGUGCAUAACAGCAAUGGAGCAAAAGGGAAAUGAGAUGAAAGUGUGUUGAUAAUGUAGAAGAUGUUAAUAUAAAUAUUAUGUAGCAGAACUUAUUUAUUUGGAGAAAUCCCCAAACUUGUUAAGAAAGGUAUUUUUUGUCCUAAUUUUCAAAACUGAACAGCUGUGGAACAUUUGUUGUUGCUUUAAUUCAGUUGUGUGAAGGCGCCUCAAAGUGUUCAUUUGGGAGUCUGUACUAACAUUUCUUACAAGUUAUGUUAACGUUUUUAGAUGGGUCUUUUAAUAUUAAUUUUAUGUUUUACAUGAACUUAAUUAACUUGUUUGUUUAAUCUAAGAACCAAGCUGUGGUGAUUUCAUUUUAAUAUUUUUUGUUUUUUUUGCACUGCCAGACAACCAUGAUUGCAAAACAAGGAUAUUGACCGAUUAAUUUUACCUGAUGGAGUCACUGAUUGGUGGGCUUUUGCAGAGGAGAGAUCUGGGCAAAUGGUAGAAACCUGGCACAGUCUCUGAUUCAUAGGCUCUCGCAGAGGAGAGAUCUGGGCAAAUGGUAGAAAGACAAGAUUUCUUCUUCUUUUUUUAAAUUUCUGGUAGGAAAUAAUCAGUAGAAUAAAAGAGUGAUUGAAAUGGCCAGUAGAAGUUGAAACUGCAUUGACUGGUUAGCUGAAAUAAAAGGGAUAGUAACUAUACCAAGACAAGUUUGUCCAAAUGAAUAUCUUCUUGUCAAAUAUACAUGGAGUCUGCAGCAGCAGAUUUGGCAAGUAUUGCCAGACAUUGUUUGAAUAUCCCAAAGUAGAAAUUGUUGCUACGUUUUUAGACUUAAUGGGAAUUACAGAUAUUCAGUCGUACUAGCCUCAUUGUAAUUUGACACUCCAACAUUUUGUUAUCAUUUCACUUCACCCAAUAUACAUACGUACCACAUUCAACUGUAAUGGUGUUAGCUAGCAAAUAUCAAAUAUAUUUUUUACUCAUACCAAAUAUGAAUUCUCUGUCAUGUGAAGAGACUGGUUUGGUAAGGUAUCAGGUAGGGUUAAGUUCAGAUACCAGUAAAUGCUGUAUGCAUGAGUCAGUCUGUGACUUUAGCUGCUAAUCCUAAGUCCAAGUGCAGUGAAAUUCUGUUCGGGCUAGUAAGGUCAGCUAAUAAUAAUCCACAUGAUAACACAACAUCCUAACUGAAAAGGAUGCCAAGAGCCAAGUUUGGGCUAGUAGCCUCCAAAGUAUUUGGUACAGACUGAUAUGUAUGGAGACUUAUCAUCCUGCCUGAAUUUUACGAAUGGACUGGUUGUUUUUCGUUAAGCAGAGAUGGUCAUGUAAAUAUCAUUCCUAUAUUUGUAAUCAUACUUUCUGUUCAGCUGUGUGUAUAUGCAUGAUACAACUGUGGUCUUUUGUCACAUAAUUAUACUACUGACUUUGUGAGGCAGAGUAUUGUCCCACAACAUCUAUGGAUUCACAAGUCAAAAUAAUAAUCUUAGAUUGAAAGGCAUACUGAGUUUGGUGUUGACAUAGUUUUAGUAUAUUUUGUGUAUUGAGUAGAACUAUGAUACAAUUAAUUGUAGAUAGGUGUGAUUGAAUCCUGAUUUUGUAUGAUAUAGAAAACUUUCAAUCAUGACCACAGAUUUUUACAGAAAAAGUUUUCUGUUUGAUCUUUGCCUCAAGUUGAGGCCCUCAGGCAGAUCUAAAGCAAACUAUCAGUGCGUAGCAGUGUGGUAGAAAUGUGAUUGCUUUGGUUUUGUUUUGUUUUUUUACUGUAUCAAGAAAUGGAUAUAGACAUCAUGACUUUGCCAUGAUUAGCUGUCAAUUUUAACUUCUACCAAGAUGUCAAAUUGAAAUGGAUUUUAACUUGUUAGGAAGCAAGGGUAGAAUGUUUCUGUUGCGAACAAAUUGCUACUGUGUUUCUACUUGUGUUUGUUCCUGUGUUGGAUUCCAUGUGUUGUAUGUCCUCAUCACAUUCAUCGUUUGAACCAUCAAGUCAACAGCCAUUUAAUAAAUAUCUCAAUCUCA